UUAUUCGCUAAACGACUUUUCAACUUCAAGACCAAGGAAAACUAGAAAUAAUUUCAUAUUUUUAUUUUUUUGUACUUCAGCAAGUCGAAAACGAAUGAAACACGACAUAUUUAAUUAGAACACACAUUUUCAUAGGUGUACCGUACAAGUGAGUCAUGUCUACUGAUGAUGGUGGAGAUGAGCCAAGUGGAAGAAUGGGUCGGGUUCGAAAGAAGUCUGCAAAGGUUUUAGAAAUGGAGGAGUUUGAAGAAGCUGAGAAAAAGCAUUUCACAAAGAAAGGGGUGACUGAGAGUCCAAAAGUGGCCAAGGCUGGGACUACCCCACCUCCAGAGUCAAGUCCUAUGAACCCUAAAAAAAUUAAAAUCCGAGAGAUUGAAGAUUCAACUGAUACUACCCCUUUACCACCUGAGGCACCAGCACAACCAGUGGUAAAGAAAGUGCAUCUAGCUCCAAGUGCUACACUGCCCAUCUCACCCACUGGAACACCACCUCAAGGCAUACCUGUGGGAACAGCUAUAAGCAUGCCCAAAAAGAUCUCACAGUCCAAGACAGCAGCAUCAGCAGCUCCUGUGUUGUCGCCACCCAAGAACAUGCCAACAUCUCCCAUCAUAGUACAGACAUCUCCACAAGCAGGAUCCUCUCCACAGGGUACAACCUCUCCCCAGGGAAGUGUUAUCAAGCUGCUGCUCAGUUCCCCAGCUGUUCCAACUGCCCCUUCUGUCAGCACCAAAGCUGUUACCAAAACCUCCCCACAGAUGGAGCUAUCAGCAUCAUCUGAUACUCCUAGCAAGAAAAAAUCUAAAAUUAUUGUAAAAGCAGGACAUGAUCCUGCAGAAGAUCACCUAAAGUCAGCCCAAGAUGCGGAUUCUGAUCAGAGGAAGACAUCCCUGCCUCCGGGUGCCAGUUCUCCGCCACAAGCUAAAGUUAUUUCUGUUGCAGCUGACAAGAAGGAGGGUUUAAAAAUGAAGUUAAUUUUGUCAGGGAAGGGCAAGAUGACAUCUCCCCCAUCACUGUUCACUCCAAAGACUGUCAAGUCAUUUGGUGCUGCUCUCGAGUCGGUCGAUGAAAUGGCAGGUGUGCAUCCAGUGAAGAAAGUUAAGAAGAAGAAACCAGCAAAAAGUGAACAGUCUGUGAUUGAAGCAAUGCCAAACCUGGCUGCUCUAGUUACUUCAGGUGUUCCAGAGAAGGAGGCUUCUCCAAAGAAAAAGAUGAAAUCUGCUAAACAGGCAAACACCAUGUUGAAUGCAAGUGAGAAUGCUGCCAGCUCCAGUGUUGCUAUGGACAUUUCUAUAGAGGCUGAGGAAGAGCCUAACCUCGUUAUAGCCGAUGAACCAAAAAUACCUAAGAAACGUGGUCUGCUUACUUCUAUUAGUCGACCAAAGAAAAAACAGAAAUUAAUUCCUAAAAUGGACUUGCCAGAUGUUCCCAGGCCAGAUGGUGACAUUGCUGCUCUUGCAGCAAAUGUUAAGCACACUAUUGCCAAAAAACUAAAAAAGAAGAAAAUGACUGAUGAGCAAGGAGAAUCGGUAAAUUUCGAUCCCAAUGGUGAUCCCAAUAAAGCUAAGUCCAGGAAACGUAAAAGACCCCCAACAGCUUACACUCUGUACUGUAAUGCUAAUCGAAAUAAGCUUGUAGCAGACAAUCCAGGAAUAGAUUUUGCUCAAAUUAGCAGACGUCUAGGUGAGAUGUGGCAGCUUCUAUCCAAAAAGGAAAAAAUGUCCUGGAAGAGGAAAGCUAAGAAGUUGGCAGGGAAAGGUUCCACACUGAUCAGUACAGGCAAGACUAACAAACUGACUUCACAAAAGAUAUCUAUUAAGGCUAUCCCAUCUAGUUCGACAGUUGCUGUUGCUAAACCUGCACCUCAAAUCAUUCACAAGCCUGGAAUCAAAGUUAGCCCGGAGCCACCAUUUAGCCCUGUCAAGGGUCUUGGUAUCGACCCGAUUGAUGUGGCUGCUCAUCUUAAACUUCUUGGUGAUUCACUCAGCCUUAUUGGUACCAGACUGCGAGAACACAAGGGCUUGAUCGCUGUUCAGGGAAGUAUGUCAGUUUUACUUGACUCCUUAUUGUGUUCCUUUGCCCCACUGCUGUGUCUGACAGCUCAGCUUCCAGAGACCAAUGGAUGUUCAACUGAGAUCCAUGCAAACACACUGGACAACAUCGCCUAUGUGAUGCCAGGCUUGUGAGAAGAUACUCAGCUUCUGUGAGGACAGUGUUUAAAAAAAACCUAUCAGAGAGAUGAUGUUAAAAACAAUAGUCUGUACUGAUGGAAUUCGAACCUACUGCAUCGAUUCAUAUGGCUGCUAUAAUGGCAUAUGACAGUCCAUGAUGAUAUAUCAUAGCCAACUUCUGUCAGAACCCACCUGAGCGAUGACACAGUAUACUCGGCUUCUGUCAGAACCCACCUGAGAGAUGACACAGUAUACUCAGCUUCUGUCAGAACCCACCUGAGCGAUGACACAGUAUACUCAGCUUCUGUCAGAAACCACCUGAGAGAUGACACGGUAUACUCAGCUUCAGUCAGGAACCACAUGAGAGAUGACACGGUAUACUCAGCUUCUGUCAGGAACCACAUGAGAGAUGACACAGUAUACUCAGCUUCUGUCAGAAACCACCUGAGAGAUGACACGGUAUACUCAGCUUCAGUCAGGAACCACAUGAGAGAUGACACGGUAUACUCAGCUUCAGUCAGGAACCACAUGAGAGAUGACACAGUAUACUCAGCUUCUGUCAGGAACCACAUGAGAGAUGACACGGUAUACUCAGCUUCUGUCAGGAACCACAUGAGAGAUGACACGGUAUACUCAGCUUCUGAAAAAAUUAACAGCAGUAAAGGGAUGAUCUCUGUAUUGAUUUGCACUGCGGUAUAUAUUGCUACAGAAUGAAGUAGGAGUGGCUGGAAGACACUUAGGACUGAAUGAUUCCAUUUCUGUGAUGUCUCUGUGGUACAACUUCAUUUUAUUACUAGUGUAUUAUCAGUGAUAUUGCUUAUAUCAGUCCUUAAGGUUUUUUGUGAUGUAAAAAUCCUUCAUGUGUUAAACAGCACUGCUACAAUGAAUAUUAAUGCUAAGUAAAAUCUGUCACAGUACCUGGUUGUGAUUAUUGCCAUGAAGAGAAACGUUUGGUAAAACCGAAUAUGGACUGGUUGCUGGUCAUAUCUGCAAGUGUGUUUUAUAGGAGGUGUAAUCUCUAGAAUAGAGUAUAGUGUUAGUAGUAAAAUAUAUGUAAGUCAUACAAAAGCAUAUUCCAACAGAGAAUGAUUGUAAUGUCUUUUAAUGCCUUUCUGAGAGAAAACAACCUUUCGUUUGUGUACUUAUUUGCAGAAUAUUCUAUUCUCACAAAAAUAUGCACCAGGUUCAUGUUUGGAUGCUAAUGGUAUUUAUCCUAUAAUGCAUGAUGCUUUUGUUUGGAUCCUCCUGUUUGUGCUUUUGUAAAGUUUUCUGGAGGCAUCGCCAUCCAAUUUUCACAGAUAGAUAGCUAAUAACAUUCCUUUAUCAUACACAAAAUGUUGCAACAGCACAUAUACUGAAAGGCAUAAAUAACACAAUAGGUAUUUCGCUGAUAUUUUCUUAUAGAAACUUUAUUUCAAAAAGGUUGCAAACAAAUGACAUAUUGGUUACAACUGUAACUGAAAGAAGAUAUUGUUCAAAUUGGGAAUUUUAAAUAAUAAAAUGUGGUUUUAAACAAAAAAACACAGCUUGUUUUUUUGGCAAAAAACAAAGCAAUUUUUUAACAUUACUUGCCGUGCAAUAUUAAAAAGAUACAGAAAACACAAAACAUUGUUGCUUUUAUAGGGAGAUGAGAGCAGGCAAUGCACAUGCAAUAAGAUUUUCAUAUGCAAUUCUGUGUUGUUACAAUAAACAGCCAAGUUAAGCUUUUUGCUGAAAACUCAUUUUAUUCAAUUGUUUUCUGAUUUGAACAAAAUCCUCUUUCACUUACAGUUGUUACCAAUAUGUCAUUUGUCCGCAUACCCAAUAUAUAUGAUUUGACAAUUCUAUAAGAAAAUAUUCAGUGAAAUACUCAUUGCAUUAUUUAUGCCUCUCAGUAUAAAAACUGUAUACUUGACCAGUUAAGAUAUUUGUACUGGUAGAAAGGAAUAAUACUAUUAAUAGAUUGUUUUCAAUACAACAAAGCAGGGAACAUUCUGUUUUUGAAAUUGUGAUUAGUGACAGUUGCUAUCAAUUUGAAAAUUGAUUAGCAACUACUAUUUCACAUUUUAACAUUGUGUAUCAAUCAAUGAAAUCAUGAGGUGAUACUGAACAAAAUGUUCCUUGACAAGAAUGUUUAAAAGUAAUAAAUAGGAAUAAUUUAAAAAAAAUUAAAAUCCCUGCAUUCUCAUCAUAAUCAUUGUUGUUGUUUUGUUUUGUUGUCAUCUUAUACUUGUUAGAGACUGUUUGUUUAAACAAACCAGUCACAGGCUAUUAAAAGUGAAUACAUAUG